GCGGGCGCAGAGGCGUCUCCGCCGUGGAGCCCGCGGGUCGCGCCACAGCCAGACGGAGCCCCGCGGCCGCGGCAGCAACAGGCGGCGGGCAGGGCUCGCGGGCGGAGGCGGCGCUGGGGCCCGGAGCAGCCGCCCGGCCCCCGCCGCAUGGAAGAGCGUCUCAGCCUGCUGAGCUCGCCGCCGCCGCCCGCCGCCCGCCACCGCGCCCACCCUCCGCAGCGCCCGGCCGGCGGCGGCGCCCGCACCCUGGUGAACCCGGGCUACGCCGAGUCCGCCGCGAGCCCCGAGCUGCCGCCCGACAUGACCGUGGUGCCGGGGGACCACCUGCUGGAGCCGGAGGCGGCCGACGGCGGCGGGGACCCGCCUGAGGGCGGCUGCGGCGGCGGCGGCGGCGGCUGCGACCGUGACCGUGACCGCUACGAGCCGCUGCCGCCCGCGCUGCCGGCCGCCGGCGAGCAGGACUGCUGCGGGGAGCGCGUGGUGAUCAACAUCUCGGGGCUGCGCUUCGAGACGCAGCUCAAGACCCUCUGCCAGUUCCCCGAGACGCUGCUGGGCGACCCCAAGCGGCGCAUGAGGUACUUCGACCCGCUCCGCAACGAGUACUUCUUCGACCGCAACCGGCCCAGCUUCGACGCCAUCCUCUACUACUACCAGUCCGGGGGGCGCAUCCGCCGGCCGGUCAACGUGCCCAUCGACAUCUUCUCCGAGGAGAUCCGCUUCUACCAGCUGGGCGAGGAGGCCAUGGAGAAGUUCCGCGAGGACGAGGGCUUCCUCCGGGAGGAGGAGCGCCCGCUGCCCCGCCGCGACUUCCAGCGCCAGGUGUGGCUGCUCUUCGAGUACCCGGAGAGCUCCGGGCCGGCCCGGGGCAUCGCCAUCGUGUCCGUGCUCGUCAUCCUCAUCUCCAUCGUCAUCUUCUGCCUGGAGACGCUGCCCGAGUUCCGCGACGAGAAGGGCUACUUCGCGUCGGCGUCUCAGGAGCCGCUGGACGCGGCCAGCAACAGCACCUCGGGGGCCCGGGCGGGGACCUCCAGCUUCUCCGACCCCUUCUUCGUGGUGGAGACGCUGUGCAUCAUCUGGUUCUCCUUUGAGCUGCUGGUGCGCUUCUUCGCCUGUCCCAGCAAAGCCACCUUCUCGCGAAAUAUCAUGAACCUGAUAGACAUCGUGGCCAUCAUCCCUUAUUUCAUCACUCUGGGCACGGAGCUGGCUGAGCGCCAGGGCAACGGGCAGCAGGCCAUGUCGCUGGCCAUCCUGAGGGUCAUCCGGCUGGUGCGGGUCUUCCGCAUCUUCAAGCUCUCCCGCCACUCCAAGGGGCUGCAGAUCCUGGGGCAGACGCUGAAGGCCUCCAUGCGGGAGCUGGGGCUGCUCAUCUUCUUCCUCUUCAUCGGGGUCAUCCUCUUCUCCAGCGCCGUCUACUUCGCCGAGGCAGACGACCCCACUUCACGGUUCAGCAGUAUCCCGGAUGCCUUCUGGUGGGCGGUGGUCACCAUGACCACCGUAGGCUACGGGGAUAUGCACCCAGUGACCAUAGGGGGCAAGAUCGUGGGGUCGCUCUGCGCCAUCGCCGGCGUCCUGACCAUCGCGUUGCCGGUCCCCGUGAUUGUCUCCAACUUCAACUACUUUUACCACCGGGAGACGGAAGGGGAAGAGCAAGCCCAGUACCUGCACGUGGGGAGCUGCCAGCACCUGUCCCCUUCAGCCGAGGAGCUCCGGAAAACGCGGAGCAACUCGACUCUGAGUAAGUCGGAGUACAUGGUGAUCGAAGAGGGGGGUAUGAACCACAGCGCUUUCCCCCAGACCCCCUUCAAAACAGGCAACUCCACGGCCGCCUGCACCACGAACAAUAACCCCAACUCCUGUGUCAACAUCAAAAAGAUAUUUACCGACGUGUAAUGUGCUACAAGUGACCUGCUGUGCUCCGUGCUGUGUGCACUGUGCCCCUCGGUCUGUGUAUGCCCUUGUUCUAUACAUUUCCAGACCAUUCACCGUGGAAAGGUCUCGAGGACGUGGAAAGCACACUUCAUUCUCUCCCCGCUACUGCUUCACUCUGAGCAGGUGGCUGAGUGGCAAGUGGGCUGCAUUCUCUCAGCUCUCUCUCUCUCUUUUUUUCUUUCUCUUUCUUAAUCAUGCAAACAACCAACUUAAAAACUUGAUUUCUAGUACACACCCUAUGGGGGGGGGGGGACUUGUACAUCCUGGGAGGAAAUGAAACUAAAGAACAGUUACAGUAACUGUUUAACCUCAGAACUGUAGAGCAGCUGUUGCUUUACUAAGUGAUGCAGGCACAUGGCCCGGACCUUUCAACAUUAUUGACUGUUCAGUUCAAUCGCCAACACUGUGGAUAUGUGAAUGGAAAGUCCAAUCAAAAAGACUUUUAAGCCCACCAUAAGUUUAUUGGGGUUUUGACUGGAAUUUCUGUUCCAUUCGGAACACCCUUUCCCAGAAGAUUAAGGAUGUCUACAACUUCGAACAAAGGGAAAUGUCCAAGAUGCACUGAUCUGAUUCAUGAACUCUUUGGGGCUUGUUAGGCAUUUCAAAAGUCUUAGACUAACAGGUCCCCAUGAAGUUCUGUGUGUGUGUGUGUGUGUGUGUGUGUGUGUGUGUGUUCCAGCCACUAGGAACAGAUGUUUUCGGUGCUGCUGAGAGAAACAA